AUGCCCAAGCUCGACGCCCAUAUCUCUGGUGAUGGUGAUUUCUUGCCGGAGGAGGAUUACGAGCUUCAGUCUGCUUCGCAGGUGUCGGACCCUCUCCUCCCUUCAUACGACGAACACAAGCCAUACUUUACGUCCCCUCAUCAACGCUUGGAGAUCCACCGGCGACACUCACGCUUUCGACGCAUCCUGACAUAUGUUUGUCUCUCUCUUCUUGUCGCGGUACCCAGCUUGGCCCUGUUAGCAUGCUAUGUUGGGAGAGAUGUUAUCGAAAGAGCACGCGAGUGGGAUCAGUUACCACCUGAUGUAAAGGACUGGCUGGAUGGCGUGCUACCUGCUGGCGUGAAAGUAGAUCAUGGCGCUUUCCCUACCAGUAUAGGUUACGCUGGACCGACACCAACUGGAUCGGAACCGGCUCUUCUUGCUACUGCUCCGGUCCUCCCCAUCUACACGAAUGUUCAUCCACUUGUUGCACCGACAGAAAAAGCAAAGAACAACUUCAAUAUCAUACAGCACUGGGGUAAUCUGAGCCCUUUCUUCUCAGUCGCCAGCCAUGGGCUACCUGAGAGCAGCAGUCUGCUUCCUGAGCGGUGUGAGAUGGAACAGCUUCAUUGGCUUCAAAGACAUGGGGCCAGAUACCCCACAUCUUAUCCCGAAGGACCCUCAGCCUUCGCGUCCCGCAUCAUGAACUCGAAAUCCAACUGGAAUGCUACAGAUGAUCUUGAAUUUUUGAACAAUUGGUCAUAUCAGCUAGGAGCCGAGAUACUGACACCAUUUGGUCGCAGUCAAUUGUUCAACCUCGGCGUCUCUGCAAGAGUGAAGUAUGGCUUCCUCUUGAAUAAGAUGAAGGGACGUUUGCCGGUUUUUAGGACCGAAAGUCAGGACCGGAUGUUGAAGUCGGCUCAAAAUUUUGCAUCAGGCUUCUUUGGUAUCCCUGCCGAGGACCAAUAUAAUCUGGAAGUGACUAUCGAGGCCAUGGGUUUUAACAACACCCUUGCUCCCUGGACUACAUGCCGCGCAUUGGGGAACGAGUACAAGUCUAAACUCGCAGAAUGGGAUUCCAUAUACCUCCAGGAUGCCCAGGCUAGACUGCAACGGAUGAUCAAAGGUUAUGAGAUCACUAUUAAAGACGCCAAAGAUAUGAUGGAAACUUGUGCAUAUGAGACUGUUGCUCUCGGAUAUUCUUCAUUUUGCGACCUCUUCACCCAAAAGGAGUGGAAAGGAUUUGAGUAUAGAAAUGAUAUUUAUUGGUGGUACUCAUCUUCUUUUGGUUACGCUCCUGCCCGGGCUCAAGGUGUGGGGUGGGUACAAGAAUUGGUCUCGCGGCUCACAAAGACCCGCCUGAUGGAAUUCAACUCCACCACAAACUCGACCUUUCACAACGAUGUUCAAUUCCCUCUCCAUGAUCCUUUAUAUGUCGACUUCUGUCACGACACACAAUUCGCUCUUUUAUUACCGACGAUGAACCUCACAACCUUCUCUGAAAGUGGUGAUCUUCCCACGGACCAUAUUCCAAAACACAGAUCCUUUAUUGCCUCCAAGAUUAUGCCCUUCGCUACGAACUUACAGGUUCAGGUCUUUACUUGUUCUGGUACGAAAAAGGUCCGCCUGAUUCUCAACGAUGCUGCCGUACCAUUAACCGGUAUCAAGGGUUGCCCUAAUGAUGAUGACGGUCUCUGUCCUCUCGCUACUUUUGUCAGUUCGAUGCAAGAAUUGAUUGGGGAAGUCGACUUUGCCAAAGAGUGUGCAGUCGAUGCUGGUGCUCCAAUCGCAGCAGAAGUUGGAGAUAUGGCGGAAGAUUCUGCCGUUGUAGUUGUACCAGAGGAGGGCGAAGAAGGUCUGCAGGAGGAAGAAGGCGACGACCUUUCGUAG